ACCAGCUGCCCCGCACAUCGCGGAGACGCGGCGCUGCCGGCAGCGGCUCUCACCUGGGCUGCGCGCUGCCGACUGGCGCUGGCGGUUCGCUCAGCCGGAGACGGGGCUUCGCCGGAUCCCCGGGGCAGAUGCUCCGCGCCGUGGCAGGGAGCGGCAGUCGGCGGACUCUCCGACCAUGAAGCGGGGAUGCCUCCCGUGCUAAGCGGGCUGUGGCUGCGGGUGGACCCCGUCAGAACCAGGAGGUUCCAAACUGCAAUUUGCCAGAACAAAAAUUAAUAACCUGGGGGAAGAGGAGACAAGAAAAAUAAAACAGGCAGGAGCCAAUGUUCGGACUGCAAUAGAAUGUGCCUUGUAGUGAAAUAAACCAGAGGUCAUUUCGUUCCAUCAGGAUUAGAUGGGGACAGUUUGCUGCAACGGUUCAUGCUAUACUUGGAGUGAGAAGAUGUCUCUCAACUGUUAUCGGAGCAGCAUUGCUGACAGAAAUGGCUUUCUGGUCCAGUGCAACAGUCCCGCCAUAUAAAGUAUCACAGCGGGUGCUCUUUGCCUUCACACUCUCUCUCUCCCUCACCUAUGUGUGCUACACUUUGAUGAGUUGCUACACCUCCAUCCGGUUCCCCUUGCACGACGCCGGCUACCUGUCCCAGUCCCGGGCCGAGCAGAGGGCGGAGGAAGCGGCCGAGGAGAGAGCGACCUCCCCAAGGCUGGGGGUCAGGGUGGAGACGGUCAGUCCGGCCGGGCCGCCGGGAGAGGCUGCGGGCAGCACGGGCGGCUGGAGAGCAGCCAGCCCGCCUCAACUGUACACGGUGCAGAACUGGCUGGAGAGGGACAUCCAGGAAUCGAGUACCCCUGACUUCGGUGUGCAACGCCUUCCCCAGGCCAUCAUCAUCGGCGUGAAGAAAGGAGGGACCAGGGCGCUGCUGGAGGCGAUCCGAGUGCACCCGGACGUCAGGGCAGUCGGGGUCGAGCCCCACUUCUUCGAUAGACACUAUGACAAGGGGCUGGAAUGGUACAGAAGCUUGAUGCCGAAGACAUUGGACGGUCAGCUCACCAUGGAGAAAACACCCAGUUACUUCGUCACCAGAGAGGCACCAAAACGGAUCUUCUCCAUGGCAAAGGGCACCAAGCUGGUGGUGGUGGUCAGGAAUCCAGUGACCAGAGCCAUUUCAGAUUACACCCAAACACUGUCCAAGAAACCUGAGAUUCCAACCUUUGAGGUUCUGGCCUUCAAGAACAGGACUCUGGGCCUGAUUGAUGCCUCUUGGAGUGCCAUCCGUAUUGGGAUCUAUGCCUUGCACCUGGAGAACUGGCUCCAGUUCUUUCCCCUCUCCCAGAUCCAUUUUGUCAGUGGCGAGAGGCUCAUCAUUGACCCGGCCGGAGAAAUGGGAAAAGUUCAGGACUUCUUGGGCCUCAAGAGGAUCGUCACAGACAAACAUUUUUACUUCAAUAAAACCAAGGGAUUUCCGUGCCUGAAGAAACCUGAAGACAGCAGCCUGCCAAGAUGCCUGGGCAAAUCCAAGGGGAGAACUCAUCCAAAAAUAGAUCCUGAUGUAAUCCAUAGACUGCGGAAGUUUUACAGACCUUUCAACGUCAUGUUCCGUCAGAUUACAGGAGAAGACUUUGAUUGGGAAAAGGAUGAAAAUGAAGAAAUCAGUUGAGCAUGUCAACAUCCAGAAGUUCAAUGAAAGAGAAUAGAAACUGGUUUCUCAUUGAAGAAAGAUAUAGAACUAAUAGGACCAUAUUGAUCGUCCUUCAAAAUAAAGAAUGUUAAUAAGACUGUAAUUAA